AUCAAAAUGCCGGGUUGGUUUUCGUACGGUAGAUUAGAGGGUUUUUCGACCAUAUACCCGCCAAAUUUUUCUCCCGUAACGGUGGACGUUCUGGAAGCUGGAAUAAUAGCCGCUUUCGUCGUUUUAACAUUGUCGCUGUGCCUGUCCAUUGCGACAAUUAAUUGCAAGCAAAAUUUGUCCGUCUAUCUUAGAGUAUCUACUCAGCUGGUUAUUGGAUUGUUCAUCGUGCUAGGAAAUUUUGGCCACGAAUGGGAAGUAGGCACCAAAACUCCCUUUUACCCGAACCAGUCGCACGAAAUAAAAGAACUGGUAGGGAUAAAAAUUGAUCUGAGAGGCGUGAACGUAACACUGAAAUCAAUUAUGUCACAAAAUAAUCGUAAAACCGAUUAUAAUGAACGGUUUGAAUGGACCUGGGAUCAAGGAAGAGUUGGAUUCGGUCCUUUUGCCGGAAAACUGCAACAACAAUUUCUAGCAGCUCAACACCGCGGUAUCCCAAUCCCGCUACUGUCGGUUGUAGAGCAUUUCGUCAUCGACGGAGAGGGCUUUCGCCAUAGUAGAUACUAUCGCACCGCCGGCUGGUACGUCCAUUUGUUGAUGUGGACAGCUUUUGCUGUCUAUUUGUUGGGGAUUAUUUUUUUUCGGAUGAUUAUAAACUACGGAGCAUUUUGUGUAACGGGCUGUGGAGUUUUACAAUUGCUUUCUGUGUCACUAUGGAUGUCUAUAAGGAAUCCAACACCUCUUAUGAUCGUGUUCGAUGAUGGAAUAAUAAAGACUAGAUUCGGACCUACUUUUUGGAUUACCUUUUUUUCAGGUUCCGCUUGCUUAAUUUUGUCAGCUAUCAUUUUAUACCUGGAUUGUAGAUACCCCAAGCAAGUUUACUCGUAUUUUGGAAUCGAUCAUUUGGACUGCUACGACGAGGUAGUGUACGUAAGUAAACAGGAAAAAAUGAUGCUUAGUCCCAAAAACCAUGACUCUUUAGCCAUGUUGCAUGACGUAGAAGAAGCAAACGAAGAAGACACGGAUUACACCGCGGUCUAUCUCAGACGUGGUACGGUUAUCUUCAGCUUAAACAAGAAACCUCCCAUCAUCGACAGAAAGAACAAACCAAAACGUUUUAUCUAGUAUUUUGAUGUUAAUUGAGUCUUCAUAAA